CCUCCGGGGCCGGCGGUGCCGGGGUCAUCCGGAUGGUGCGGACGCAGUGUCUGCUGGGGCUGCGCACGUUCGUGGCCUUCGCUGCCAAGCUCUGGAGCUUCUUCAUUUACCUUUUGCGGGGGCAGAUCCACACGGUAAUUCAGUACCAAACUGUUCGAUAUGAUAUCCUCCCCUUAUCUCCUGUGUCCCGGAAUCGGCUAGCCCAGGUGAAGAGGAAGAUCCUGGUGCUGGAUCUGGAUGAGACACUUAUUCACUCCCACCAUGAUGGGGUCCUGAGGCCAGUCCGGCCUGGUACGCCUCCUGACUUAAUCCUCAAGGUGGUAAUAGACAAACAUCCUGUCCGGUUUUUUGUACGUAAGAGGCCCCAUGUGGAUUUCUUCCUGGAAGUGGUGAGCCAGUGGUACGAGCUGGUGGUGUUUACAGAAAGCAUGGAGAUCUAUGGCUCUGCUGUGGCAGGUAAACUGGACAAUAGCAGAAGCAUCCUUAAGAGGAGAUAUUACAGACAGCACUGCACUUUGGAGUUGAGCAGCUACAUCAAGGACCUCUCUGUGGUCCACAGUGACCUCUCCAGCAUUGUGAUCCUGGAUAACUCCCCAGGGGCUUACAGGAGCCAUCCAGACAAUGCCAUCCCCAUCAAAUCCUGGUUCAGUGACCCCAGCGACACAGCCCUUCUCAACCUGCUCCCGAUGCUGGAUGCCCUCAGGUUCACCGCUGACGUUCGUUCCGUGCUGAGCCGAAGCCUUCACCAACAUCGGCUCUGGUGACAGCUACUCCCCCUCCACUUGGGUUGGGGUGGGGGGGGCGGAGGGGAAAGGGAUGGCGAGCCCUUGGGAUGCCAUCUGAUGCCCUGUCCAAUGUGAGGACUGCCUGGGCAGGGUCUGCCCCUCCCACCCCUCUCUGCCCUGGGAACCCUACACUCCACUUGGAGUCUGGAUGGACACAUGGGCUGGGGGCUCUGAAGCAGCCUCACUCUUAACUUCAUGUUCACAUUCCAUGGAAACCCCAGACUGGGACACAGGUGGAAGCCUAGGGGAGCCGAAUCAGUGUUUGUGAAGAGGCAGGACUGGCCAGAGUGACAGACGUACGGUGAUCCAGGAGGCUCAAAGAGAAGCCAAGUCAGCUUUGUUGUGAUUCGAUUGUUUUUUAAAACUCUUGUACAAAACUGAUCUAAUUCUUCACUCCUGCUCCAAGGGCUGGGCUGUGGGUGGGAUACUGGGAUUUUGGGCCACUGGAUUUUUCCCUAAAUUUUUCCCCUCUUUACUCUCCUUCUAUUUUUCUCUCCUUAGACUCCCUCAGACCUGUAACCAGCUUUGUGUCUUUUUUCCUUUCCUCUCUUUUAAACCACACAUUAUAACUUUGAAAAAAAAAAUUAGAAAAAGGACAGCAAACUAAAUGCAAAGCAAGAAGAAGCAAGGAAAUAAUAAAGAUUAUAACAGAAAUGAAUGAAGUAAAGAAUAGAAAAAUAGA